AUGGUCACUUGGUCUGUGUUCUCUCAAUGGCUCUAUUUGGCCAAUGAUCCUGCAACUCAUCCUCCAGCUAUUAUCGUGCUCGAGAGCACAGGUGUCACCUCUGGUAGCCGAGAGCUUCUGUUGAACGUAAUCAAUGCUCCCCUUUACUUCAUUGCUUCGAUUACAAGGAAGAUGCUCCUCAAAAAGGCCGGUAGAGGUCCACUCCUCAUGUCUAGUCGCAUUUACUACAUCGUUUUCCUCGCCAUCUUGAGGCUUCUUUCGAAGGUCGCAUCUGAGCACCCAGAACAAGGGUCAGCAGCGAGCGCAAGUAUCGCAUUUAUUUAUCUCUUCGGCAUUAAAUGUUCGUUUUCGUGGACUCCGUUGUCUCCCAUGUACGUCGUUGAGUGCCUCGACACCAACACGCGCGCGAAGGGAAAGACCCUGGCCCUUCUUCACAGCCUGUGCUUCCGCCAACAUCCAAUAAGCCUUCUCUCCAGCUUUUGA